UUUACCGUCGCCUCAUUGUUCACGAUAGGUCACUCGUCGACGCUCGUACUCUGAGUAGGAUCUCACAACACGCCGCAACCUGUCUGCGGGCUUAAGACGGCACUUUCCGACAUAUGACAGUCCCCCACGGCACCCUCUGUCUCUUGGAGUUUCUCCACACGCCAUAUGCGCCACCAUCUGUCGGUGGCUCUAUCGCGCUCCUCACCACUUGUGCGGGAGCUCACAGAGCGUCUCGCGAGCGCGAUUGGAUGCGAGAGCGCGCGCCAGGAGGUGAGAUGGAUGCGCGACGCGCUGCAGGAGCAGCAUGAGGCGCGCGACGAAGAGCUGUCGAGGAUGCUCGCGCGUCGCGUCGCCGGCGAACCUCUACAGUACAUUCUUGGCACAACGCCCUUUGGGCCCCUAUCCCUGCUCACGCGUGCGCCUGUGCUCAUCCCGCGCCCGGAGACCGAGGACUGGGCACUGCGUCUCGCUGAACUCGUGCGUCGUAAUCGCGAGGUCGGGCAGAACAAGAGCACGAGGCUGAAGGUGCUCGACUUGUGUACGGGCACGGGGUGCAUCCCGCUACUUUUGGGCACGAUGCUUUCUGGAGAUGAGCAGGGUGGAGUAGGAGGCCUGGGCGGGACUGUGCCAGUGGACGCGCUCGGCGCGGACGUCGCAACCGAGGCUGUUCAACUCGCGCAGGAGAACGGCGUGCGAUGUGGGUUUGUCAGUGUCGACAUUGAUGUCGACGUCGAUGUCAACAACACCGCGGCAAACACGCCUAUAGCCAAACCAUCAACAAAACCAGGACCAGAGAACCACUACAAACCCACAUUCACUCCCAUCCGUGCCGACAUCCUGUCCCCGUCUUUCUCGUCCCAGAUCCUCGCGUCCCUCCCGCGUCGCCUUCGGCCGCCAUACGACAUUCUCACCUCCAACCCGCCCUACAUCCCUCUGCGCGAGUACACCGAACUCCCCGCGUCCGUGCGCGACUGGGAAGACCCACGGGCUCUUCUCGGGGACCCAGGCGCCGACCUCGGCCAGAUACAGGGCACGUCACCUCCAGAGCCGGCAGGGACAGACCAGGAGCGCGGGGGAGGAGACGGUCUUACGUUCUACCGCGCCCUCGCGCGCCUCGUUUCCAUCCGCAGCUUGAAUGCGAUGGAGCGGCCGCUUGUCAAGGAGGGAGGCAUGUUCGCGUUCGAGGUUGGCAGGGGACAAGCGCGCGCUGUGGAAGAGCUCGUGCGGGGGGCGGGCGUGCGCGAGACGGAGGUGUGGAAGGACCCGUGGGGCGUCGAGAGGGUUGUCUUUGGGCGGGUGUGAAAUUGUGAUUGGCCGGGGCCUUGUGUUGGAGGCUGGUUGGGCGAGGGCGAGGGCGUCUGCGAGGGCGUAGGUUGGUGUGAGGCGGGGCGGGGACGAGGCAAGGAGAGAUGAGAUGAGAGAACGAAGAGUGGAGAGGAACGGAACGGGUCAACCUGCGGUUGAGCACGCCGGGUCGCCAACGCGAAGGACUUCGUGCAGCCCGAGUCUUGCCGGCAUGAUGACGUCGCUGGUCAUGGCGCUCAUUAACAUUAAUGAUUGUCUGUAGGGAAAUCCCAUGACCAACUUUAUCGACUAUCGUUGGCGCUCGUUGUCCGUGGUGUGGGGCCCCGCUCUUUUAUGCAUACUCAUCACCGACUCUCUAC